GAUGGAUCUACGACGCUCGGGGCGCUCGGGCGCCCGCCAGGCUAAGAGCGAGGAGCAGGAUAGCAAGAAGAUCGGUGUCAAACGAGAGCAUGAUGACAGCAGCGGCCUUCACGGCCACAAGAGGGUGCGCAAGCACGAAAACGCCGUCAAGAGUGAGGACGAGAAAGCAUUAGUUCAAGUCAAGGAAGGAGCGGGUCGGGAUGAGACGGAAGCGGUCAGUGCUGAUGAGGAUGAGGGUAGUGGUCAGCUGGUGGCUGCGGAGCCCUAUCCGAAUCUUCGGCGGCCUUCUGCCGACGAGUGCUACGCUGUCGGGAGGGCACUCCGGGAUCUUCAUGGCGGCGACCGCGUCAAGGGAAGGGUGAGAUGCCACACCACACCUCACUCGUUUGAGCAUUUGGAAACACCGGCUUGUGUGUUUUGCGGCAUGUGUGAGUGUGCUUCAGGACUGUAGUGUGAUGGACAUGCUGGUGCGUGUGAUGCUCUCGCAAAACACCACCGACAAGCUAUCGAAACAGACAUUCCAGAGUUUGAAGGUCAGCAUCACUUGCUGCGACCGAUCCAUCCAUCGAUCAGCUGGUCUCACUGCUGGCUUAUCCGUCAUUUAGGCUGCCUUCCCCACGUGGCGGUCGGUGCUCGAUGCCCCCGCUGCAGACGUCGAGGCCACCAUACAGAAGGGCGGCCUGGCCCAUACAAAGGUGGAUACGCGAGAAGCAAGGGCGUCGGCACACUUACAGGGGGAUGGCUGUCGCUAUUCCUUCCAGGUGAAGCGCAUCCAGGCGAUCCUGCAGUCUGUAGUCGAUGGGGGACAUGUGGUGAGCGCGGCAAGCAGCAACAGCCGCAUCCAUCUCCCAAUUUGGUGUAUUGUUCAGGUAGCUGGCGAGCCGUCGCUGGAGCACUUGAGGGGCGUGCCUGACGAGCAGGUCAAGCAGGCGCUCCUGAGGUAUGCAGCAACGAAAUGAGCGGCCAGCAAUGGAACUACACAAGUGCUCGUAUACUGAUCGGUCAGGUACAAUGGUGUAGGUCCCAAGACCGUCGCGUGUGUCAUGAUGUUCGGACUGGGUAGGCAGGCCCAUGGACGUGGCCCCUAGCUAUAGCUGCCGGUUGAUCUCCCUUUUCCAGGUCGUUCGGAGUUUCCCGUGGACACCCACGUGCUCCAUAUCGCGCAGCGGCUGCAUUGGGUGCCCCAGUCUGCAACACGCGUACAAGCGUACCAACACCUCAAUCGCAGGUCAGUUGUGUGUAUGACACUCACUGCGAGCCUAAGAUCAUGUGUUCAUGUUUGUGUGUGACCCGGCUAACCAGGGUGCCUGACGAUAUCAAGCACUCGCUGCACGUUCUCUUGGUGGAACACGGCAAGGUGAAUGAAGAUUCCCCUCCUCACGCACCGCACAGACAGUCGUGUAUGUGUGUCUCCUGUCUGUUUGUGUGUGGUGGUUCCGUUUUCAGUGCUGCGUCCCGUGCGCCAAGAACGGCCGUCUGCAGAAGGAAUCCUCAGGAUCCUGCCCCCUGCAGCCUCUCAUCCACCGCGGCACCACGCCGCCGCAGCUGGAAGGCAGCACCUCUCAGCCGGCAAUGCUGGAAGGCGCCGAUGGGCCGCCAGCAAGUGCUGCCGCUGCUGCUCCUGCUGCAGUCGUCAAGAAAGAGGGUGGAGAGCUGGUGCGGGUGAAAGAGGAAGCCGAAUGAUGGAUGAGAGCGGGUGGAUGCUGGUAUACGAUGCGUGUGGGUGGGUGGGCUGAUUUGAUUGUCGCCUUGUACAUAUCAGUGUGUGUUUUGGGACGUGGCACUUGUGUGCAUGCCGUCUUCUGGGGCCGUGUGUGGGAUAGGAUGACGGCCGCUGUGGGUGUCUAUAAAGCAGUGCAGUGCAGUGCGGUGCGGUGCGGUGCGGUGUGUGUUG